CUGCCUGUCAGAUGGUUUGUUGUUGUUCCGUCUGCCAGGUUGAGAGGGGAAUGUGAAAGUGAGAAAUUUAACAAGAUAACCGGGAAACAGAGCAGCCAGCGCAACGUCCAAUCAGAUGGAGCUUCAGCAGCCGUAACUUUGUUUGACGGAGGGAAAGACUUUUGUUGCAAAAGCUUGUCAGUCUCAGGUUUGUUGAAGCUGUCGGCAGGGGUUUACAGUGAGAAAGAGCCGCGCAGCGUUCCGUCUUUGCCGUGGAGUGUGGAAAGCCAUUGGUGGACGAUACAAUGAGAGAAGAGGUGUCCUGCACCAACUCCCCUGAAGGAGGGCUGGGGGCCAGCGAAGAGGAACUGGAGAGAGGAUCGAAGAAGACCCUCCAAACAGGAAACCGAAAACGUUCCCCGUAUCCCAAGAAGGACAGUCUCGCUCAGGCGGAGGAGAGCAGCACCGGCAGCCCCACCAGCCUGCUGCCGGCCGGCCCCAAGAGGGUGAAGAAAAGCCCCACGACAGUCGUGUCACUGGCCCCAACGUCGCUGGGCCCCAGGCCAGACCAGCCCUUCGAGGACCUCCACUCUCAGCGCGUCAUAGCCAAUGUGCGGGAGCGUCAACGCACUCAGUCCCUGAACGACGCCUUCGCCUCCCUACGCAAGAUCAUCCCCACGCUACCGUCAGACAAGCUGAGCAAGAUCCAGAUCCUGAAGCUGGCUUCGCGCUACAUCGACUUCCUCUACCAGGUGCUGCAGAGCGAUGAGAUGGAUGCCAAGCUGGCCAGCUGCAACUACCUGGCUCACGAAAGACUCAGCUAUGCCUUCUCUGUCUGGAGGAUGGAAGGGGCCUGGGCCAUGUCCACCAGCCACUAGGACCCCCUCAAGCUUUUCUCCUAAACCCUUUCGUGUCCACAUCUCCACCCCACCGCCUCUGUCUGUGUUUGCGCCCGUUUCCUGACCCCUGAACCUCUGAUUCAUGCCUUCUGGUCCGAACUGAAUCCUUUCAUCUCAAACCCUUGCAUACGUUUCUCGUCUAUGCUUCACUCCAUUAACAUCUGCUACAUUCUCUAACAUCCAUAGAUGUUAGACGUGUGCAACUAAAACCUCUCGCAGUUCGCCCUGCUCCUCUGCUUCGUUUCUUCUCCCCUGUCAGUCCCACAGUCCAGUCCAGUGCAACGAGAUGCUCCACUGCAGCCCCUCAGAAAACCAACGGACGGAAAAUUCUCGACGCUCGACGCAGAAAUGUGUUCCCGCUUCAGCCCCUCAACCCCAGCCUCCCCUCCCCUUUGUCUUCAAAAGAACUCCUUUAACUCUUUCUCCGGACACCGAGAUGUUUACUCGGCUACACCGAGUGUUUCUGAAACGCUGGUGGGGGGGACACCACGGUCCGGUCGAGCGCUGAACAUUUUGAAUGAUGAAGACAAACAAACAGCUGGCCUGCGGUGACAAUGGAACAAAAUGGCUGCUGGUUCGAGUGCCUUGGGUAACACCGUGAUAACCAUCAUCCAGCCCGACCUUCGCGUCGGAUGACUCGCUGCCAAACAGACAUUCAGAUGACUAAUGAUAAUGGCACAGUGAUGGUUAGAGGGCGGUCACAGCCAAUGAAUGUUUACAGCUCAAAUGCGAAUAAGCUAAUCGCUCUGGCUCUCAAAAGCCCCAAAGUCUUGUGGGAAAAAGAAAGAGCACGAGGAAUCUGAUGCAGAUCUUCUCCUUUGCUGUGCCGUAGAAACUGGAUAGCUUGCUGUGUGUUUUUUGACGGAUGUUAAACGUGUCUGUUUGUGAAUUUGGUGUAUGCACACUGUAUUACUUCAACUCUGCUCAAGCAUUAUACUUUAAUACUUUGAUGAAAACCACUGAUCACAGUUCAGCCACCACUCGACGUCUUUGUUUUUUUACUUCAGUGUUUCUGUCGCUAGUGAGCAUGGCAGAAAGUCGUACUUUUAAAAUGCAAAAUGAGUCUUUUGUCUGCCAUUUCCUGCAGCUUUAAAAUAUCUUUGCAAACUUGCAGUGACUAUUUUCAGUAGAACGAUGUAAAAAAAGAAAGAAAAUGUGCCACAGCAUGAAGGAUUCAUUUAUAACCACGAGCAGUCUAAUUACUAUUUGAUCGUGCUUCUUUUGUAUUGUCCUGCAUUUUCUUUUGAUCAACUCUUUUUUGUGUCAGCUCCUGAGGACAAUAAAUUUUUUCUCUGUAUACAAGUGCAA